UUUUUUCUUGCUCGGCGGUCGGUUUCCGUCGACCGGAUUCAUGUCGAUCGCCGAUCGGACUUGUCGAUUCGAUUAUAGGCUCUUCUGGCUUUAAGCAUCAUGCAUCGUCUGCAUAGCUUUCAUUUGUUAGUACAGCACUCACAGCUUACAGCUGAUCUGCCAAAUUAUUACGGACAUCGACUGUUGCUCCUCUGCCCCUCCAGGUUUGGACUCGCCCGGGAAAGAGUCGUCGUGGCCAGUGCGCAACCGGCAGCGGCAUGCAGCUACAGUGGAAUUUCAAAAUUUGGUAAUGAGUCAAUGUGUUGAACUUUUCCGCCGAUUGGAUUCCAUAGAUGCACGAAUUUUUUCUCAAGCGAAGCAUGAGCCAGACAAUGUUGCGCAACAUGUUGAGAAAUACACCGACAAUUUGGUAGAGAUCGAGAAGAGAGUGCGCAGUCUGGAAUUACUUCUGACCCGCGCUAGUUUGCAUGAUUUUCCAUGCGCCGAUGCGCUGGUGGCCAACAGCAUCGACAAAUUGGAUGAACAUUGCAAGGGGCGCGAAGAACCAGCUGCCGAGACAUCGCCGAAGAAGGAGCCAUAUUUCUUUGACAGGGAGGCCGCUUGUGAAUCAAACUUUGGGAAUGGAUCAUUUGCGGAAGCCGCAGUUUACGAUGUGUCAGACAAAGACGCGGCAGCUCAGUCAACCAUAUUGGAUGACAAUUACGUUUCCCACACUUCCCAAACUCAACCAUACAUUUCAGACAAGGAUGUGGCAGUGCAGAUAAACAUUUUGAGGGGCAAUUGCGCUGCGCGUGCAUCCCUAACUCAAGUACUCCCCAAACCCCGGCGCUCACGGUGCAAUGGCCGAGCAACGCAAACGGACAUGACUGAUACUUGCAACAUGGGCGUGCAAGUUUGCUCUGGAAUGGUUUCGGCACCUUUGCAGGCGCCGUCCGGGACUACAACGAGCGAGAAGUCUGACAUACAAGCAAACACUUCGGAUGUUGCGCCGGCAGCUCUAUGCACCAAUGUGGUUGUUUGCGCCCCAGACCAGAAGGAAGGGCACGAGGGGUCGUUGAUCUCACUGAGCUUGAAAGGCCAUAUCUGAAAGGGCAGCUUUGCACAAAGUUGGCAGGGCGGCACUGUGAGAUUGAAAGGUUUCUGGUGGGCAGCACUUCGAGGCACAAUCAUUUAUUCUUUCAGUCCGGAGCUUCUGCCGUAAUGGGGUGGUCGUCGAACAUGCCGCUGACGCAUCCGUGCUUUCUGAGUAAAAUACUUGUGUGUUUGGUACGUUGAUUGAUCCAAGCAUGCAGUUUCGCACGGCGAUGUGAUUUCCCCCUCCCCCUCCGGCCCCCUUAUCUUCCCACCCCCAGCGCUUGCGUUUGGCAAGCAUGCAGGUCAUGUCGCGAAUUCUGUGCGUGCACCGGGCCGGCCUCCAUGGCGUGUAGGUCUGCAACGCUUUCGCACUUCCUGCCGAUAUGUUUUCAUGGAAUCCGUGAGCCAAUCGUGCUCCUGUCGAUUCCUUGCCGAUGCGCCUUUGCCUGGCGCAUGGCUUGACUGACUCUGGGGGCGCGGGGGCCGGAGGGGGCGGCCCCCUCCCCCCUCUCUCGCCCGCGCUUAUCCACUUUUGGGUCUCCGGAUAGAGGAUGGUAGUAAGGUGGCGUCCUUCCCCAUUCCCCCCUCCAGAAGAUGCCAGCCCCCGCGCGGCCGCCAGCGCGCGCGCGCGCCAGCGCGCUGGAGUGGGGACGGCAGACGCCGCUGCGAGAGAGAGAGAGAGAGAGAGAGAGAGAGAGGACGAAAGGCCCUCGCCGCUGGGCGCAGCGCAUCGGCCAAAGUCGGCGGCUGGCUGUUCGUCCAGGAAGCAGCCCGUUUAUUAUUCAUGGCGUUGAGCUUUAUUAUGGGAAUUUGUUUUUUCUUCCGGGAAUAUCGUUUUAGCAGUCACGGAUGUGCCAUCCUUCGCCCAGCUUCCAAUCACACCUCCUCAUCAGCUUGGCCAGCGUAGGAACGCUGGGCUCCUCCAUCGCUUUGACGGCGAUGCUCUACACCCUGCGUCUUCGCGAGCGCGGCGUGUUCCUUCGUCUGCCCCCCCUUUGUCGAGGUCGGUCGCGAGCUCGCAUUUCAUUGCGCGCAGAGGGUCAUAACGUCGACGUCAGCUUGCGAUGCGCCGGCAAUCAUGUUAGGCAUGUAGGAUCCAGGCCCCGAGGCCCGAUCACGGGCCCCACAGGCCGCGGGCGAGGAGGUGCGCUUGGGCGGGACAGCAGCACAUCGGAGAUCCAGGACGCGCGCCUGUGAUCGCACCGCGCUGCC